GAGCUUCUGAGCUCACCCUGUUUGCAGUCGAAUCGUGAGAGAAAUAAAAUUUUAAAUAAAGAAGAAACUAUAAGGAAAAUUCCAUUCUUCUUUUAUAAUAUCAUUAAAGAGCUAUUUGGAACAGAGUCAAGCUGCUCAGUUAUAUAAAAGAAAGAAUGGCAUAUUGUUGGAAAACAGAUCUAAAUCCCAGGGAAUCACAUGAAGAUCAGCAUGAGCACCAAGAAUUGCAUUCCAUAAAUCAACCCAUUUUUCCUGGCCAAGUCAGUCUGGGUUUUGAUCAGCUAGUAGAAGAAAUCAAUAAUAAAAUUCCACUCUAUCAGAGUGAAAUUGAAGAAAACACUGUUUUUGUGCCCAGUUCACCAAACUGGGACUCCAAAAAGCAUUCAUCAGAUGGAACACAGCAAACAGCUACAAAUGAAUUUAAUUCUAAAAGCUCAGAACCCUCUUGUCACCAAGUUAGGGAAACAGCAGUAAUUGGUUUUAGGCCUUCUGUGCUACCAAAUCCUCAAAACAUGAAUAAAGAAAGCUCUUGGGGAAACUCCGUAGGAAAGCAUCAUGGUGCUGAUGAUUACAGAUGCAAUAUUUCAGCUCCACCAUCCACUAGUUUGCAUAAAAUUAAUUCACAAAAAGAAUUGGAAAAUAAAAAUCAUAACUACCAUAAAAGAUUUGAAAGUAGCACUCCUUCUAUAUAUCCAUCCUUCUCAACUGACUUCAUGCCAAAAGAAGGGAAUAAAAGGAAUAGAAGGACAAAUGUUGUGGAACCCCCUUUCCGGCUCUUUAAAGGUUCCUCCCCUCCCAGGUUGUGGGAAAGUUCGUGGCCAAAGAACAUAGAGCCCAUAGAUUGUUCAAUUCAACUAAUUGAAGUACCUCAAGGCAGUAGUGUAAGUCUGGCCUCCUUUUGCGACAAAGUAAAAAAAAUCAGAGAAUCAUACCAUGCAGCUGACAUUAGUUCCAACUCGGGGAAGAUCUGGAGCACGACUACAGCGUUUCCAUAUCAACUCUAUUCUAAUACUAAGUUUAGUAUCAAUAUUUUGAUUGAUAACUCAACACAACUUCAUUUUAUGCCACAUGCUAAUUGUCUUGUCAAAGACCUAAUUGCAGAAAUUCUACAUUUUUGUGCAAAUGACCAGUUAUUCCACAAAGAUUGUCUUCUAAGUUUAUGUGGCUAUGAAGAAUUUUUACAGAAUGAUCACUCUUUGGGAAGCCACAAAGUAUUUCAGAAAGAUAAAUCUAUUAUUCAACUUAAUCUGCAGAAAAAUAAAGAAUUUCCCGGAAAGUUAUCUCGAACGCAUGAAGAUGACCACAGUCCUUUUUUUCUGAACCAACUUUUAGAAUUUAUGCAUAUUUGGAAAAUAUCCAGACAGUGCCUUUCAACAAUAAUAAAAAAAUAUGACUCCCACCUGAAAUACCUAUUGAAAACCCAGAAAGAUGCAGAGAAGAAACUUUUGCCAUCAAAUUUCUCCAAUGUUCCAAAUACUUUUAAGAAAAAUGUGGAAAAUAUAAUUGAAGAUGUUAAAAAUAUAUGCAGUGUUCUGGGAUCUGUGGAGACGAAGCAAAUUACAGAUGCUGUAGGUGAACUGAAACUAAUUCUACAGCGAAAAUCAGAGAAUUUUCAUGAAGGCUUGGAGACUUCAACAAAAGGAUUGAUAGAAAAAGUGACAACUGAACUAUCCACAUCCAUCUACCAGCUAAUUGAUGUCUAUUGCAGCAGCUUUUAUGCAGAUUUCCAACCUCUAAAUGCACCUGAUAGUGUUUCCUGUGUACAUCCUGGGCUCCAUUCCCACCUUAGCUUCACAGUGUAUGCAGCUCACAAUAUUCCAGAAACCUGGAUGCAUAGCUAUAAAGCAUUUUCAUUUUCCUGUUGGCUUACGUAUGCUGGAAGGAAGCUGUGCCAAGUGAGAAACUGCAGAAAUAUUCAAGUUAAAAAGUUGUUUUUUCCCUUGGUCAACUGGAACGAAAUCAUCAAUUUUCCUCUUGAAAUAAAGUCACUUCCAAGGGAAUCCAUGCUCACUAUAAAACUAUUUGGGAUUAACUGUGCAACCAAAAAUGCGGACUUUUUGGCCUGGAGUUCUUUUCCAUUGUUUCCAAAAAACAAACCCAUUCGUGGGUCUAUGCUAUUCAGCAUGACAUCACAGAGCGAGCCUCCCAUGGAAAUGGUAGCUCCAGGGGUGUGGGACACAAGUCAGCCAUCCCCAGCGACCUUGCAGAUUGACUUUCCAGCUACUGAGUGGGAGUAUAUGAAACCUGAUUUUGAAGAUAAUAGAAGUAAUCUUGAAGAACCACCAAAAGAGUGUUUAAAACAUAUUGCCAGACUUUCACAGAAACAGUCUCCCUUACUACUCUCUGAAGAAAAGAGAAGAUAUUUAUGGUUUUAUCGCUUCUACUGCAAUAAUGAAAACUGCUCCCUUCCUCUGGUCCUGGGUAGUGCUCCUGGAUGGGAUGAAAGAACUGUUUCAGAAAUGCAUACCAUUUUAAAAAGAUGGAAAUUUUCUCAUCCUUUAGAGGCACUUGGACUUUUGACUUCCAGUUUUCCAGAUCAAGAAAUUCGUGAUGUGGCAGUUCAGCAAUUAGACAACCUCUUGAAUGAUGAACUGCUGGAGUAUCUCCCACAGCUUGUACAAGCUAUCAAGUUUGAAUGGAACCUUGAAAGUCCUCUGGUGCAACUCCUACUACACCGCUCACUGCAAAGCAUCCAGGUUGCCCAUCAACUUUACUGGCUGCUAAAGGAUGCACAGAAUGAAGCUUAUUUUAAAAGCUGGUAUCAGAAGCUGUUGGCUGCUCUCCAAUUCUGUGCAGGGAAAGCCUUGAGUGAUGAGUUUUCCAAAGAGAUGAAACUUAUCAAAAUUCUGGGAGACGUUGGGGAAAAAGUCAAGUUGGCUAGUGACCCUCAGAGACAGGAGGUACUGAAGAAAGAGAUUGGCAGACUACAAGAAUUCUUUCAGUAUGUAAAUACCUGUCACCUUCCUCUGAACCCUGCCCUCUGUAUAAAGGGGAUUGAUCAUGAUGCAUGUUCAUAUUUCACAUCUAAUGCUUUGCCAUUGAAGAUUACUUUCAUCAAUGCUAAUCCAAUGGGCAAAAACAUCAGCAUCAUUUUUAAGGCUGGAGAUGAUCUUCGUCAGGAUAUGCUUGUUCUGCAGAUUGUUGAAAUGAUGGAUAAUAUUUGGCUACAGGAGGGCCUGGAUAUGCAAAUGAUCAUUUAUAGAUGUCUAUCCACAGGAAAAGGCCAAGGAUUGGUACAGAUGGUGCCUGAUGCUGUAACCCUAGCAAAGAUCCAUCGCUCCUCUGGGCUGAUGGGACCGCUGAAGGAAAAUACGAUCAGAAAGUGGUUCAGCCAGCACAACCACUUAAAGGCGGAUUAUGAAAAGGCCUUGAGGAACUUUUUCUAUUCCUGUGCUGGCUGGUGUGUGGUAACAUUCAUCCUGGGAGUCUGUGACCGUCACAAUGACAAUAUCAUGCUGACCAAGUCGGGCCACAUGUUUCAUAUUGACUUUGGGAAAAUUUUAGGUCAUGCACAAACAUUUGGAGGAAUAAAAAGGGACCGAGCCCCUUUUAUUUUUACUUCAGAGAUGGAAUACUUUAUUACAGAGGGUGGGAAAAACCCACAGCAUUUCCAAGAUUUUGUGGAACUUUGCUGUCGAGCUUAUAAUAUUGUCAGGAGACACAGCCGACUAAUAUUGAACAUGCUAGAACUGAUGCUACAUGCAGGGCUGCCAGAGCUCAGUGGGAUCCAAGACCUGAAAUAUGUGUACAAUAAUCUUCGUCCACAAGACACAGACCUGGAAGCAACAAGUCAUUUUACCAGGAAAAUAAAGGAAAGUCUGGAGUGUUUCCCUGUUAAAUUGAAUAACUUAAUUCACACACUUGCACAAAUGACAGCCGUAAGCUCUACCAAAUCUACUUCACAGAAUUUUUCCCAAAAAUCUUGUAUGCUGAGUGCAACCAGGUCAAUUCGAAGAGCGACAAUUUUAAGGUUCAGCAAGAAAACUAGAGCUCUAUAUCUAAUCCAGGUAACACACAGUAACAAUGAAACAAGCCUGACAGAAAAGUCAUUUGAAGAGUUUUCAAAACUUCACAGUCAACUUCAGAAGCAGUUUGCAUCACUGACUCUUCCAGAGUUUCCUCAUUGGUGGCACUUACCCUUUACAAAUUCAGAUCACAAAAGAUUCAGAGAUCUAAAUCAUUACAUGGAACAGAUAUUAACUGAAUCAUAUGAGGUUGCAAAUAGUGAUUGUGUUCUUAAUUUUUUCCUCUCUGAGCCUGUGCAACAAACACUUGAAGAAUCAUCAUCUUUGCUCCUAGGUGAGAAGUUUCCUGACAAGAUGCCUAAAGUGCAGUUAGUCAUAUCACAUGAAGAUGCGAAGCUGACUAUACUAGUGAAACACAUGAAAAACAUUCAUCUCCCAGAUGGCUCCAUGCCCAGUGCACAUGUUGAAUUUUAUCUUUUACCAUAUCCCAGUGAAGUCCGUAGGAGGAAAACAAAAUCUGUUUCAAAAUGUACCGACCCCACUUACAAUGAAAUUGUGAUAUACAAUGAAGUCACAGAGCUCCAAGGACAUGUCUUAAUGCUAAUUGUGAAGAGCAAAACCACAUUUGUGGGAGCAAUUAAUAUCCAACUUUGCAGUGUCCCACUCAAUGAAGAAAAAUGGUACCCACUAGGAAACAGCAUAAUUUGACCACUGCUGUGAAAAUGUGCAUUAUUCAUUAACUGCUUGUGUUUUUUCCACUUCUGAGCAUCUCCAUCAUGAGCAGGACAUUUUUGUUGUGAAAGGUAGUGUAGUGUAUUAAGAACACAAGAAAAAGAAACCAGAAUCAAUCUUUUAUGGUCAGUUAUUCUAUACCUGCAUUUCAUUUUUAAAAAAUCAUUUCUCCUUAAAUAGAAUGCCAAUUGUACAUAAUUCAAUGUGUAAAGUAAUACAGGACUUUAAUUUAAAUACAUCUUCUAUAUCAAACAUUUGUUCACACUUUGUUUUAAUUAUGUACAUAAGCUAAAAGCACUACUUUUAAUGUAUUUUCUAAGAAACACAGGAAAGUGGUUGGGGGAAGGCAGAGACAAAUGUAUUUGAAAAAAUACAUAAAUUAAUUUUUAAAAAAACACGGGAAAAUAAAUAAAUCUCACUAAUUUAAGACAUAUAUCUGCAAUAGAUUUUUAAAAUUUGAAAUAUUUUUGUUUCUCUUACCUGGGGAGAUAUAGGAGAUAAAAUAUUGCUAAGAGCAAUGUCCAAAUGUUAUUGCCUAUGUUGUCUUCUGGGAUUUUUAUAGUUUUGAGUCUUACAUUUAAAUCUUUAAUCCAUUUGGAGUUUAUUCUUCUGUGUGGUGUAAGAAGGUGGUCUAGUUCCAUUUUUCUGCACAUAUCCCUCCAAUUUUCCCAGCACCGUUUAUUGAAUAAACUAUCUUU